CCGGCGGCGGCGAUGAUGUACCGGCGAGAGCGGGGCCUGGCGCUGCGCGGGAGCAGCCUGGCGCUCUACAACAACCUGGCCGUCCUGCCGCUGCCCGCCAAGCGGCUCACCUACUUCGCCAGCGUGCACGGCGCCUCGGUCGGGCUGCUCAGCGUCGCGGCGGACGGGCCGGGCUGCGCGCACCGCCAGCUGCAGGCCCGCGAGGGCGGCCUCGGGCCCCCCAUCGUCACGCAGGCGGCCUGGUGCGCGCUGCCCUCGCGGACGCUGCUGGUGCUGGCCUCGUGGAAGGGCAUCCAGAUGUACGAGCCCGACGGCUCCGCCAUGGUCUAUUGGCACGCGCUGGACGGCAUGGAGGCCUCGGCAGGGAUGCUGCUGUUUGCCCGGGGGAUUGCAGGGACAGGACUGCACUUUGUGUGUGUAGGGACAUCCACCGGUUCAGUCCUCGUCUUUGACGUCCCCGCCAAAGGCACCAACAUCACGCUGAGCGAAGUCCUUGAGCAGCACAACAGCCCCAUCACUGACAUUGGCGCAGAGCUCUGUGAGCAGCCGGAGGGAGCUGCGGAUCUGGUGACGGCGGACGACUCUGGAGCGUUGUGCGUUUGGGGCUCUGGAGAGACCUUCAGGCUGAUCACCAAAAUCCCGGCUUCUGACUGCACCUGCUCCUCCGUGAAGCUGUGGAAUGGGGUCAUUGCAGCCGGCUAUGGGAAUGGGCAGAUUCGCCUGUAUGAAGCGGCGCAUGGGACCCUGAGAGCCCAAGUCAGUGCUCACGCCCGCUGGAUCUACGCCCUGGACCUGGCCCCGCUCUCAGGGAAGCUGCUGUCCGCCGCUGAGGACUCCUUUGUGCGGGUCUGGGGACUGAGCCACAGUGCGGACACAGAGAGCCUGGAGAUCGAGCAUUGCCAUACAGAGUGUGUGACCGAUACCCAGAUUUGUGGUGCCCGCUUCUGUAACCCAGAGGGCACUGCCUUCGCCAUCACGGGCUUCGAGCUGAACGAGAUCAUCCUGUACCACCAGGUGUAGCCCUUCGGGUGGAAAGCAGUUGUGAUGAAGCCAGCUUGGCCAGAAGGCACAUGAAGGGAGCUCCUGCCUCACCCCUCACCCCCACAUCUGAAAAUGCCGCCCCCAAAAGCUCUUCAUUCUUUUGGGCCAAGCAGGCUUUCCCUGGGGUUCCUGGCACAUCCGGUGCCAAGGCAUCUCCUUUGGCCCAAUAGCUCAGGGUGCCCCCUCUGCCAGGGAGAAUCCCACCCGCAAUGGAGUUUGAAGCAGGGAGGCCCAUCCGGUCCUUCCUCGGCUGAGAGGAGAGCCAGCUGGCGCCUUGUUUCCACCGGUUCAUCUCUGCAGGCCGACUGUCUCGCACCUCCAGGGCUGAGGGGCAGCUCGGCCGGGUUCUGCAGCAGAGUCCUUCCUUGGGGAAAUGCCAGUGCAGUCCCAGAACAACCUGGGGUGGCUUUGCGGAUCUUGGCCAGAAGGUCCUCCUGCCCUGCCUGGGUUUGUUUAGGCUCCACAUAGCUCGGUUGCUUUUUUAGCGUUUCAGAGCAAGCAGCCAAAUUGCCUCUUUUCCUGAUGAAUAAAUCUAGUUAUGUUUGGCUGACAAGAUAGAA